AUGGAUUUAUUGAUUUCAUUAUUAAAUUUAAAUAAAAUUGAAUCAAAUCUUAUUAUUAUAAAAUCAAAUAUGUCUUUCAAUAAUAACAUAUCGUUUAAUUUAUAUAAUAAUAAUAAUAGUAAUCAUAUAAAAAAUCAAUAUAUUAUUGAUCAUCAUCAUCAUCAUAAUAAUAAUAAUAAUAAUAAUAAAAAUACAUCAAAUAUUCAAAUAAUUCAUAAAAUUGAACGUCGUAGUAAUUUAAAACAAUCACCACAGCAACAACAACAACAACAAAUAACAAAUUAUUAUGAACCUGAAGAAAUUUUAUCACCAGAUUAUACAUUACCUUAUCAAGAUAUAAAAUGUAUGGAAUUUAUUCAAUCAACUGAAAUUAAAUAUAUUAAAGAUUCAUCAAUGUUAAAUGGAUUUUUUGGUAUGUCUAAUUUACCAAAACGUACAAUUGAAUAUAGUUUUCAAACACCAAAUUAUCCAGCACCAUAUCCAUUAAAUAUUGAAUGUAUUAAAGUAAUUGCUGCACCUACAGAUCAACAUCGUAUUGUGUUACAUUUUCGUGGAACAUUUGAAUUAGAACCGGAAUCACAUUGUACAACAGAUUUUUUAGAAAUAAGGGAUGGUGCUUUUGGAUUUACUACAUUAUUGGGAAGAUUUUGUUCAAAACAAGUGCCUGAUUUAGGCACUGGACUCAUAUCAACUGGUCAAUAUAUGUGGUUACGAUUUCAUAGUGAUUCAACUAUUGCUCAUAGAGGAUUUCAAGCAGUUUAUCGGUUUAUUCAAACAGGUUCACACAAGCCAACGGAUAGUGUUUCACAUGUACAGUUUCAAAUAAAUUUACAACCUGGACAAGCAUGGAAAUUAGAUCAACAGUAUGUAUUAAUGAAAAUGGAAAAAUUACCAUCAAAAAUCCAACAAUUACCAUUAGAAGUGGCCUUAGAUAUUAGAUCGACAAAUGGAACAUAUAUCAUGUUACACAUUGAUCAUGUACAAGUUCCUCAAUCAGCAGCAUGGAGUUGUCAACCAGAAUCAACUUUUACAAAAUUGACAAGAGUUAAAUGCCUUACUGGUGAACCUAUUGUAUUUGGUUUGGAAAAAAAAAUUCAUGGAAAUGAUAUUACAGACUCAGGUUUAAACAAAUUAUCAUUACAAGAUCCUUCAUCAAUUAUUGAUGGACAACAUACAUUUUUUGAAGUAUAUCCAGGUAAAACUAUUUCACAAUUUGUUCCACCAUGUCCUAAAAUUAUCAGAUUCUGUGAUAAAACUGUAGGUAUUUUAAAAUUACCAAAAAAUCAUGGUUCUGAUAGAGAUUUUUAUAUACGUUAUCCACGUCUUAUUAUACGUAUGGUUAUUGCAUCACCAAAUUUAAAACCGGAUUUAUUGGAAACAAUUAAAACACGUCGUGAUUUAACAUACACUAAUAUUAAUAAUAAUGAUUAUUAUUAUCAUAAAAAUUCCAGUAAUAAUAGUUCAUUAGAAGAAAACAAUAUGAAAUAUUCAUCGAUUACCUUACAUCAUCAUAAUCAUCAUAAUUAUCGUCGUCGUCAUCUUCGUCAAACAGGAAAUAUAAUGGAUAAAAUUGAUGAAAAAUUACAAGAAUAUAUGCCUAAAUUUGUAUUUGUAUUAACAAGUUUAAAACAAAAAUCAGUUAAUGGUAAACCAUGUGUCAAGGACUGGGAAGCAUGUGAUUCGGAAGUUUGUAUACCAAAACAUUUAUGGUGUGACGACGUAAUUAAUUGUCCACAGUGGCAAGAUGAAGGAGGUCACUGUACACGUUCAAGCUUGCAUCCAAAUGUAUUAGGUCCUGACGGUCAACUAAUACAAGAUACUAGUAAAAGUGUAUUUGAAUUAAGAAAGGAGCAAGAGCAACUUGAAGCGGAAGCAGAACGUUUGGCUGCUCAAAAAUUACAUUUGUCUAUAUUGGCCACUUUAGGCUUAAUAUUGUUGAUUGUCACUUCCACAUGUAUAUUUAUGACUAUACGUCGUCGUCGACGUGAAACAGCACGACAAAUUAUUAAAUCUAAAGAAGAUGAACAAAAUAUACAAUCAAGUAAAUUUGAUGAUAGACGUCUACAACGUUUAAAUCAUGUUAUGUCUACUAGUGCACUACUAGAAGGUAGUAAUCAUUUGAAAAAGGAUUAUAUUAAUAAUAAUAAUAACUAUAAAAAGAAACCAAUAUUCACUUUAUCUAAUUCAAGUUUAACACAAGAUAUUCAAUAUUCAAAUAAUGCUACUAAUAAUACUAAUUAUAAUAAUAAUAAUCAAUCAAUAAUGAUGCAUGAAUUGAAAUCUAUGAAAAAAUCUGGCAGUCGUAAUACUACAAUGAUUUGGAAUAGUACUGAUAGUAUUAAUGCACCAUUACUAUGGCAACGUAAUGUUGAGAAUAUGAAAUCAUCAUCAUCACCAGGUCAAAUGAAUUCAAAUAAAAAUCUUAUUAAAUAUUCAUUGAUUAAAACUAAAGGUAACCAUAAUAAUAUUAGUGUUAAAUUAUCAAAUAAAAAGAUUAAUCCUAUUAAACAAACUUCAGCUGAGAAAGAAACUAUUGAAUGUGUUCAAUUUCAAAGUUUUAAUAAUAAUGCUACUAAUAUUAAUAAGAGUAGUAUUGUUAGUGUAAAUAAUUCAAUGAAUGAAUCAACUAGUUUACCUAACACAACAAUUAAUUCAAUUAGAACAAUGACAAAUAUUUUACGUGAUAAAUCAACUCAACCAACAUCAUUAACACAUACUUAUGGAUCAUAUCCAAUUACAUCAUUUGAACAAACUGAUGUUUAUGAACGGAAUAAGCAUAAUUUAAAUACAUUUGUACAAAAACGAAUGAUUGAACAACAACAACAACAACAACAACAACAACAACAAUUUAAAAGAAGUGGAAAUAAAACAGAAUCACAUUCUCUAAUGUCUAGUCCACAGAAUCGUGGAAAUUGGAUUGCAACUAAUAUUUAUCCUAAAAUAGAUAAAGAAUUACCUAUACUAACUAAUACACAUCUAUCACAAACUGAUCAUGAUUUUAAACAAAGAAUAUCUAAUUUAAACAAUACUAUAAAUCGUACACAAUCAUGGGGUGCUGGUUUACGUUAUAAUAAUAAUGUACAUAUAUAUUGUGAACAGGAUAAUCGAUCACCAUUAAUGUAUAAAAUACAAAAUUUACGUAAUUUCAAACCAUCACAACUUUCAUCUAUACCAAAAUGUCAAUUAUAUUCUGUUAGUAAUAGUCAAGAACAUUUACAUCGUAUAAAAAGAUCUGAUACGUAUGUAAGUAUGCCUGAUGUUAAUGGAUUACAUAAUAAUGAAUUAUUAAAUAAUCAACUUACAAAUUAUCAUCAUACUAAACAAAUUAUUCCUAUAACAUCUACAACACUAACCUGUGGAGUUGGAUUAAUCAAUAUUGUUACAUGUUCGACAACCUGUACAGGACAGUUAAUUACAUCAUCCAAAGAUUAUCGACCACCACAAGCUAAACGUCCACGUAUUAUCAAUUCGUUAAUAUCAUCCAAUGUUAUAUCGAAUAAUGAUAAUAAUAAUAAUAAUAACAAUAAUAAUGUAGUUGGUAAUGUAAAUAAAUUAUCUAGACAUGCAACUCCUAUACAUAAUGAGAAUAAUUUUAAUAAUACAUUAGCAUCACAUCUUACUACUACUACUACUACGAUUACUAUUACUAAUACUACUAGUAGUAACAGUAGUGAUAAAAGUAGUAUUAGUAGUAAUCCUUAUAGUGGUAGUGAACAUUCACAUGUACUUUUAAAUCCUAACUAUCAACAUUUACAUCAUCAGCAUCAUCAUUCACAGUCUCCACAUCAUCAUCAUCAUCACCAUCAUCAAAUUCUUUAUCCAUCAGUUGGAAUACAGAAUGUUUUAUUGACUGAUGACAAGUUAUAUAAUAGACGAAUUUAUGGUUUAAACGAUUUUCAACAAAAUAUGUUAAUGUAUGGAUCGAACACUUCAACCGUUGAUAAUAUUCGUACAAAUAUAGAAAGAUAUAAAUAUCACAAAGAGAAUAAUGAUGAUGAUGAAGAAGGAGAUGAUGAUGAAGAGAACGAAGGAUCCAAUGAAGAAAGAGGUGAUUGUGGGAAAACAAAAAAAUCAGGAAGAACUAAUCUUAUCGUAGCUACUGACCAUGUAGAUGAUAAUGACAACGAAGUCGAAACAACUUUAUCCAGGACAGAUUCGAAAAAUAGCUUAGAGUUGUUGAAGGGAGAAGAUGAAACAGAUAUAGAAAACUCAGAAAGAUAUUCACCAGAAAAUUCACCAGUCAAUAAUUCGACUUCCAUAUCUGAAACGGAUACAUCACAAAAUGCUUGUAGUACACAUGAAGAACCAAUCAAGAUUACUGUUUAUCAAUCUGAACCUUAUAAACAUCGAACUAUUAGCCAUUCUUCAUUAUCACCGACAAAAUCAAUUUCCCCACAUUCUUCUCCAAAGCAUCAACAACAAUAUCAUCAUCAUCAUCGUCAUCAUCAUCAUCAUCAAUAUAAACCAAAAUAUGUAACUGAUAGAGACAAAAGUAGUCAUUUACAAAUUAGAUCAGAUGAUCAAAAUAUUUCUGAGACAUCAUCUGAUUUAAUCUAUGAAUAUGAAGCCUAAAUAAUAACGAAUAUAAAAGUGCCUGAUACAUAUACAUGCAUAUAUUAUUUCGAUAUACUUUCAUAAACUUUUGGAAGCACUUAAUAGACAUUCUGAGAAUAGUGAAUUUCUAUGCCUUAAUGAUAGAGUUACUACUAUUACGACUAUUAUUAUUAUUAUUAUUAUUACUAUCAUUAUUAAUCAAGUGAAUAAUAGUGAUUCCCAAAUCAAAUCUCUAUCACAUUAUAUAAAUAUUUAUAUUCAAUACACCCGAUUAUAUAACCGAGCGUGUUUGUCCCAUGGUAACAAGAAAGAAAAGAAGAAAGACAUAACAUACACACAUAUGCUUAAUCUAAUUUAAAAAAAAAUAAUAAAAAGAUAUUUGAAUUUCAUUUCUACCGUAUUGUUGAUGUAAUCAACUCAACUUUGGUAAUAAGCAUAUGAAUAAUUUUACAACACUACCCCCACCCACCCCCGUUCCCUGUUGGAAAAACAAACAAACAAACAAACAAAUCAAUUAUUAUUAUUAUUUUUAUUUUAUCUAGGUUUUUGUUUAAAACAAAAAUAAAUAAAAUCUUAUUAGUAAUAGCACAACGAUUUCAAAGUAGGAUAGAUUAAAAUAAAUAAAAAAUAACAUUUCUUUUUCAUUACCAUUUUUAGAAGAUUUCUUGGUAUGUCAUUGACAUUGCUUUCUUUUUGUAUUCUUUCCAUGAUAACCUGUUUACUAUUUCUUUUUUUUUUUGGUUGUUUGGUUGGUUGGUCAAACUGUACACUGAUUAUUGUAAUUUAACACAUAAAACACCCACCAUUAACCUUAACCUCUUUUCUAAUCAUACAUAUAAUCUUUAUAAAAUAGAUAAAUUCAAACUAAUACAAAUGAGAAAUUAGUAAAUCAGUAUUAAAAUGGUGUAAUUGUUGUGCGUGUGUGUAUGUGUGUAUGUGCAUGCGUGCGUGCAUAUAUUGUGUAGAGGCAGAUUACAAAUAAGAAAUAAAUCCUGGUGAAAAUUUCUUUCUUGAAAUUAAUUAUCAUAUUGUAAAGAUAAUAGUCAUCAACAUUAGAAACUAAUUAUCAUUUGACAGAUUUAUUUUUUAUGAUCAAAAUUGGGUUUGUGGAAAUUGUAGUGAUUUUCAGAUAGUGGAGAAGAUUUGUAACUUGCGUGAAUGAUUUUGAUGGAGUUUUGUUCUUUGUGAUGGAUGUUUUGAUUGUAGAGCUUUCAUCGUUCUCCUGAACAAUAUCAUCAGCACAAACUUCAGAUAGAAGCGAAGCGUUUGAAUUUCUCCACAUGCGGUCCACAGCUUGUAGACUUUGAAGUUGAUUGGUUCUUGUUGACCUUAAAUCUGGCAUUGUUUAUUUCUUUUUUUUGGUUGUAUCUCCCAUUGGUUUGGUUUUUGUUCCUAUGUUUGUACAUAAUUUUCCCGAUUGUUUGAUAAAUUUUAAUAAUUAAAUUCAUAAGCCGAUGCAAUCUAGACCACUAUUGAAAACCUAGAAGCACUGGAAUUUUAGUGAGAGGAUGUGACCAAUGGAGUUCAAUUCCUGUCGGGUAGAGACAGGUAUCUACCUCACACAAUAAAUAAAUGGUGGAGCAACCAUUCAUGGGUGAAUUAAAUUUAGACAUUAACAUCAUUGGAUGCUGGCUCAGUGGUCUAGAGGUUAAGUGUUCGCGCGUAAGUCCGAAGAUCUUGAGUUUGAGUCCCGCAUGCGGGAUCAUGGAUGUGUACUGCUGAUUCCCAUACUAUGAUUAAAAGUUUGUCCAUCGCUUCUAGGUUUUCAAUGGUGGACUAGCUUAGAUCAACUCAUGAAUUCAACUUUUCAAGAUCUAUUUUUACUUGUUUUGACGAAAUUAUUAAUCGUAGUAGGCUUUUAGUCAUGAAUCAACUAACUACUGGUAGCAAUAAUAAUAGUAGUAUUACUAGUAGCAGUGAUAGCAUUGACAGCAAGAUAUGAAUCAUAAAAACAGUCAGUUAGAAGUGAGAUGAUGAGAUAAACCGCUUGUUUUUUGUUUCAGACGUGAAAUGUCACCUUUUUAUUUAGUACUUAUUUCAUACUCUUUUCCGCAUUCUCUUGGCUAAAAAGUCUCUCCCUAUUUACCUAUUUUUUCUCCAUAAUGGUGAAGCGAGAUUAAUCUACAUGAAAAUAAAUAAACUAUAGAAGGAAGGAAUUUUCAGUUGUUUUUUUCAGGAACUUAGGUUGUAAUUUUGAAAACAAACAA